AGAACGCGACAGGCGGUCCGCGCGAAGGGUACAAAAAUUAAUUUUAACUUAAUAUAACUUAAAAAACAGAAGAACAGACAUGACCCCCAAUCCCAAGGACUACGCUCAUAAUGAGGAGGUGGGGGAUCGGACGAAGCCAACGGGUGUGCUCUUCGAGAGUGAUAUGGGAACGGACGACGGUGCUCUGACCAUUUAUAGCGGCGAAUUCAAGCAGGCCCAGACCAGGAAGCAAUCUUUGGUGUGGCGCAAUAUAAUAAUUUUUACAGUCUUACAUAUAGUUUCGCUAUAUGGAGGAUAUCUCUUGGUCACACAAACAAAGCCUGCCACCAUACUCUUCACAUUCGUGAUAUACUCUCUCGGCAUGCUAGGACUUACGGCCGGAACCCACCGACUCUGGUCCCACAGAUCGUAUAAGGCUAAGUGGCCGGUUCGUCUCUUUCUGGUCAUUUUAAAUUGUUUAACCUUCCAAGACUCUAUCUUUGUUUGGGUGCGCGAUCACCGAAUGCACCACAAAUACUCUGAAACGGAUGCCGACCCACACAAUACGUCCAGGGGUUUCUUCUACUCCCACAUAGGCUGGCUGCUGGUGAAGAAGCAUCCCGAUGUGACAAUAAAAGGCAAGGGACUAGAUCUCUCCGACAUCCGUGCAGAUCCUAUUGUGAUGUUUCAACACAAGUACUAUUAUUACCUUAUGCCGCUAGGCUGCUUCAUCCUGCCCACUUUAAUUCCCUGGCUGUGCUGGAAUGAGUCCUUGUCCAGCUCCUAUUUCGUGGCAGCCGUGUUGCGUUGGUGCGUACAGUUAAACAUGACCUGGAUGAUUAACAGUUCGGCCCAUGCCUGGGGUAACAAACCCUAUGACAAAGCGAUGAAUCCCUCGCAGAACUCCUUCGUUUCGCUAAUGACCUUUGGAGAGGGUUGGCACAACUUUCAUCACGUGUUCCCGUGGGACUAUAGGACGGCCGAGUGGGGCGGUUAUAGCCUUAGUCACGCUACCAUCCUAAUCAAUCUGUUCGCCAAGAUCGGCUGGGCCUACGACCUUAAAGAGGUGACGCCAGAGAUGAUCAAGAAGCGGACUCUGCGAACAGGCGACGGUACUCAUGAAUUAUAUGGCAAGAGUGCUGAUCCUGACGUUGCUAAGAAGUUAUGAUGAUCUAUCCUAAGAGGGGUUUUCCAGUUAUGCCAAUGAGUUUUGUUUGGGUUCAUUUCUGUUCUAUUCAUCAAAACAUAUAUUUAAAUUUUGCCUGACUACUAAUAAUUAUUAAAUUUAAAUCACGGAUAUUAAAGUCGUACUUCUUUAAAUUCGUAUUGCUCUUGCAAUUAUGAAUUGGUUUGGCAUAAUUGAUCAAUUGCAGCACCCUAAGCUGAGGCAGGACUCUUCCUUGAAAAUAAGACUACAAAACUCCAGGGGUGGAUAUUAUUGAGGAAUAAGACGAUUCAUUUUGAUAUAGGUUUUAAAAUGGAUACAUUAAAAGUGUAUUGUACCCGAAGAACAAUUCACUAAUAUCUGCUUUAUAGUUCAUUGGAACUUAUAAUCUUUUAAAUAUAUGGCAUUCAUUUGUUCACAUUUAAACGAAAAGCGUGAUUGAAGUGUGUGCAUAAUUACCCAGCCGCGUCCCACUCACAAACUAAUUAACAAAAGCUUAAUCGAAGCAAUUAAUUACGUGGUUUUCUGUGUUCUGCAUAAAGAAUUUGAAGCCCGAUGACGGCUGCUAGUU